GCAAAUAAAUAAAUGGGGAGUACCUCAAUAUUCCAUUGUUACUAGCAUUUCACACUUAACAAAGGUUUGUAAGAUAUGAGAGACAUGAAAGACGCAGGUGCCCUGGGAGGCAAGACAGCACGAGCCUGCGAUAGCUGCGUAAGCAGAAGGGCAAGGUGGUUCUGUGCAGCAGAUGAUGCUUUCCUCUGCCAUGCUUGCGACACUUUGGUUCAUUCCGCGAACCAGUUAGCAAGCAGACACGAAAGGGUUCGGCUUCAAACUGCAUCCUCUAAGGCAACCACAACCACUACGCACGCAUGGCACAGUGGAUUCACACGCAAGGCAAGAACCCCGCGUCACAACAACAGCAAGCACUUUGCGCUGCAACAGCGUCUCAAAGACGAAGUUCUCUUCAACAACACUAGUGUUCUUCCCCUCGUGCCGGAGCUCGGAGGGGAAGAACAAGAACCGGUGGUUGUGGACAACGAUGAAACGGAGGAACAGAUGCUGUGUCGCGUGCCCGUGUUCGACCCUUUUGAUGUGAGAACCGAUGACUUGGAUAGCUUUUCUGACAUGGAUUUUUCUGAAUUUGCUGCUGAUGUUGAAGGCCGGCUUGACAAAGAAGACGAUGAAAUAAGUGCGUAUGUGGGAGGAGGAGAGGGAGUUCAAGGUGUAUUGGCCAAGGUUAAGGGCGAAGAAGAAAUUGAUGGUGAUGUAGCGUGUUAUCUGGAGUCAGUUUUUGACAUGAUCAGUGAUGAUGCCUUUCAUUGGAAUAAUAUUGAGUCUGUGGUGUCAGAUGCCCGGGAAGAGAAGGGGUGUGUGGUGCCAUGUGAUGGUGGGGUUAGUGAACAAGGAGGAAUAAAGAGAGACAUAUUUUUGAGACUAAACUAUGAUGAGGUUAUUACUGCUUGGUCUAGCCAAGGUUCUUCCCCAUGGACAACUUCAAACCCACCUAAGUUCAACUCUGAUUAUGACUUCUCCUUGGGUUUGAGUGGUGUAGAUGGAGAAGGAAGAAGCUUAAGGGGACACCUAGAUGGUGGAAGAGAAGCAAGAGUGUCGAGGUAUAGAGAGAAGAGAAGGACUCGUUUGUUUGCAAAGAAGAUAAGAUAUGAAGUAAGGAAGUUGAACGCAGAGAAAAGGCCUAGAAUGAAAGGUCGUUUUGUGAAGAGGACAUGCUUUGUUGGAGCCAAUGCUUUUCCUGCUUACCACUGAUAUCAAUCAUCAGUUAACGGAUCCAUCUUUGCUUUUUCUACAAAUUUGGGUUAAUACUUGGUUUGGCUAUAUGUAUGUAUAUAUAGCCUGCAUUAUAUUAAUACUAGUAAAUAAUAUUACUGGGUCAGGUUAAUUUUACUAGAAUUGUUGCUUGGGAUAUUUCUGUCUAUAUAUAUCUCUAGCAGGUUUAGUAAUUAGUACUAAUUAAUGAUCAUCUUUCUCGGCAGGUUUAAGCCUUUUGUAAUCCAAUUUUGGAAGCCUUUUCAUUGUUUCUCAUUAGAAAUUCAAUUGUUCAAUGCUGAUGCUGUUAUUUGCUAGCCA